AUAUUAUUAGUUGUGUGUGGUUACAGUCAGUAGUCGCCUGAUCGCCGGUACGAAAAAUUGUACUCCUGCCGCCAUAAUAUAUUAUAUUGUUUUAGAAGACUCGUACAGGUGAAAAAAUGUCUUUGAUUUUCGACAAAAAGUACAAGCUGGACACCAGCGAAAAUUUUGACGAAUACAUGAAAGCUCUGGGCGUCGGCUUGGUAAAACGCACAUUGGGCAACUCCGCGACUCCGGUGGUGGAACUGACCAAAACCAGCGACGGAAAAUUGGCGUUGUCGUCAAACUCGACUAUGAAAAACUCAUUGAUCGUGUUCAGCCUGAACGAGGAAUUCGUCGAAGAGACGCUCGACGGCCGCAAAGUGAAUUCGAUCAUCCGCCAGGAUGGAAACAAGCUGGUGCACGUUCAGAAAUCUGACAAGCACAGUGAAACCACGAUCGUCAGGGAAUUCAAUCCUGAUGAAUUGAAAAUGGUCCUAACUAUCGACAAAAUCACCUGCACCAGAAUCUACAAACCAGUCGACUAAAUGCAUAAUACAAUAUUACAAUAAUAUACUAAACUCGUAUUAUAUUGGUAAAUGAUUCGAUCGAUCUGGAUAUUCACUGCAGUAAUGCAGUCCUAAGCAAAAUUCAGCCCACAGCCUACACUACAAUUAAUAUAUUGUAUUAAAUAUGAUACGAUUAAACAAAAAUAAAUAAUCGAUUCAUUUUUAA